AAAUUAAAGAGGCGUGUGUGGUUGGGGAACUUGAGAGUGUGAGGAGGGAGUUGUCAAAGUUUUCAAGGAGGGCGGCACACAUCCUACUUUUGAAACUCUUUGCGGAGCCUCAUGACACACACUAGCCUGCACUGAAUCAUUUGGGUUAAGAUGCAGGCACACACGUGUGUUGGUUUAUGAGCAGAGGUGUUCUUGACAUGUUCGUGGUUCAUUAACUUUAGACUCUUGGUCUGAUGGUGGACUUUGCACUGAAAGGAAUGAGAGAAGAGAAGAGAAGAGAAGAGAAGAGAAGAGAAGAGAAGAGAAGAGAAGAGAAGAGAAGAGAAGGAGAAAAUGGGAUAGACAAAGCAAAGAGUAAACCAACAGUUGAGUAGAUGGACUGAGGUGAGUGUGAGCAAACAGAGAAGACAAAAAGGCGGAUGGACAUGGGCAGAGAACGACUCACCUGGGGAUUGCUGCUACGUUUGGGCAUACUGCUCACUGCUGUGUGCGUGUGCAUACAUGUUUACCUGGAGACAGAAUGGCAGGGAGCACCUGCAGCCCUGGCAAUGGGACGUCCCACCCGGUCUAGUCAGAACUGGGGCCAGCAAAGUAGACCCAAACAGAUCUCUGCAGAAGCAGAGGAGCAGGACAGGAGCAUUAAAAGGAGAAUCUCCUAUGUUCGAACACUAAAAAAGGACAGCCAGGCUAGGAAGAGGACUGAACACAGAGAGGACCCCUCGCCACCGUGCUGCCCACCUCACCGCCCUCGCAGAAAGAUUCGGUGGCACAUAGACUUGGAGCCCUGGGCUAGUAGAAGUCACUCCCUGGAGGAUGAAGCUAAAAGGUUCCUCAGAUACAUCACAACACCACAAGUGUCAUGUGCAUCAUUGGCUGGAGAAGGAGCUGCUCAGCAGGGGACCAAGGGUGCCUGGGCUGCAUGUUUGGACCCCAAGUACAGCCUGAACCACAGAAUACAAAGCAAACACUGCAGGGUUUACUCGUUUGGGCUGGGUGUGGGCGAUCAGUCCAUGGAGCGUUCUCUCGCGAGGGCAGGGUGCGAGGUCCAUUGCUUUGAUCCUGGUCUGAAGCAGCCUCACUUGCAGCAGGCUGAAAUGUGGCUUCAUCGACUCUCUGUAGACUGGAGGGAUCCCAACCCGGCCAUCGUGGCCCCGCGUCAGUAUGCCAACACCAAGAAAUUGGCCACCAUCCUUAAUGACUUCGGACACAGACAGGUGGAUGUACUGAAGGCAGAUAUGGAGAGCGCAGAGUGGAAAAUUUUGGAGAACUUGGUCCUGGAAGGAGUUCUGGACUCAGUGGGUCAGCUGUUGUUGGAGCUUCACUUGCACUGGGCGGGUUUUGAGGUGGGCGGCGAUGAACCAUCCGUGGUGAGGUACUGGUUCAGCCUGCUGAAGGAGCUUGAACGCGCCAACUUUCGCAUCUUCCACGUACAUAGCGACCCCGCCAAACCUCACCUCUUUCUGCAUAAGAAUGUCCUCAACGCCAGCAGUGCUUAUACCCUGAGCUGGGUUAACACAGACUGGAAGCCUUGAGGAGUGUGGAGCUGUUAUCUUGUCUGGAACAUCCUCAGAAUGGAAAUGCACCAGUUUGUGUAACACGGACUUAUAAGUCUGAGCACAAAUUCUUGCAAGAACACGGUUGUUCCCCAACAGCCUGCUGUUAUCUGGCCUGACCUUUUUGCAAAGCUAAAAUCCCUGCUCCUGCAUAAUAUCCUCCUGCUCUUCUUCCCCUGGCCUGUAAUGACCUCAGCUGUGUAGAGGGGCAGAGCAAUUGCCCCCAGAGUCUCUGUGUUCUACCUCAUAGUGGCUGUGCUGCCUGCUGUAGGUCAGCCUCUGAGUCACCCCUGUCGUCAUGGCCCUAUCAGAGCUUGGCCCACAGCCAGAUAUUAGACAACCUUUCCCGAUUACAACUACUCAGCAAAGGCCCAGAGACCACAGUCCCUUCAAACAGAACAUGAAUUAAAGGAAAUGGAUACACAAUGUUAAAAGGGGUGUGGUAGAUGAAGGAUCCUGCCUCGGUGACAGUAAUUGGAUAUUUGUGGGAGGCCAUCGGGGCUGCUUACACAGAAGGACAAAUAGCAUGAGCAGAGGAAUGAGGGUAAUAAAGGUAAAGAGAUGGGAUCUGCUCUGGAGGCAGAACAUUACAGCAGAGGGGUUGAACAGACGCUUCCCUGCAGUUGAACCCUGAUAUGACUGCAUCUAGAACACAAAAUAUGACAAUUAUGUGAAGAAUGUCAACAGUGAUGUCUUGAUUUGUUCUUAUAGAUUUGUUCUGUGCAAUUGUUGGAUUUUCGAAUGAGGAUGUGUGGGUGAGUGUGAGACAACAAAAUGAACUAAAUUAUUCAGGUUUGUCUUCAUAUUGGAGUUUCAGAAAGAAGUAAUUUCAUUUAUUUUUCUCCACCAGUUUUCCUCUGGUGUUCAAUUAGCCUUACCUGUUUAUCACUACUGCACUAGAUCUUCAUCAACAAACUUAACACGAAAACACAACGAUAGGUUGACAGUCUCAAGAAAA